AUGUCUGUUGUCGAGCUACCGCCGGCUGGGGCAACAUCUCCGCUAGCAGAAUCAUCCCACCCAAAAACAUCAACUGAUUCUGUCCAAAAAGUCGGGAUGAGGGUCAAUGGCAAGAACUGGCACGCUCCCAAGAAACCUUUCCGCCCUACCGCAGGCCAGACAGCAUAUGCCAAACGAAAAGAACUCGAUAUGCUCAAACAAGCCACCAAGGCCCGCGAACAAGAAAUGAAAGAAGAAAAAGAAGCCGAGCGGAAUCGACGGAUACAGGCCAUCAAGGACAGACGGAAAGCUAAAGAGGAGAAAGAACGGUAUGAGAAGAUGGCAGAGAAAAUGCACCAGAAAUUGGUCGAGAGGAGGAAGCGAAGAGAGAAAAGGAAUAAACUGCUGAAAAGUUGA